AUGGCCAAAUAUGGCGUCUGCGUUUACCGCAAUACUGGCCUAGACGAUGCCGCCCAUAUCAAGUUCUCCCAGCGCAUCGGCGAGCUGGACACGAUGAGGCGGUACAUGAUUGACGGCCGCAAACCCAGAUACGGGUUCUACGAGCUCUUCGACGCCGGUAAUAUCGACGACCAAGGGGGCGUCCUUGACCCAAACAGUCCAAGGGCUCAAUACGGGAAAGGCAACGCUCUCUUCCACGUUGACUCAUCAUUCAACCCCCGACGAGCCAGCUUCUCGCUUCUUCGCGCCGUGGAAAUUCCUCCACCGGGCAACGGCGGCAACACUGACUUUGCCGACUCUCGCACGGCCUGGGACGACCUUGACCCGGCCCUGCAGAGGGAGCUGCUGGAGAAGGACUACACCGUUCACCAUUCCAUCGCACAGUCCCGAAAGCUCGGUUCGCCCGAGUUCUUCAAGGACCUCGACCCGACGAACGCCGGCAGGAUGGCACGCCACAAGCUGAUUCAGGUGCACGAACCCAGCGGCCGGCGAAACAUCUAUAUCGCAGCCCACUCGCACCACAUCGAGGGCAUACCGAAGGAAGAAUCUGACGCGUUGAUCAAGAAGCUGCUCGACCAUGUCACACGGGAAAACAAUACCAUUAGCGUAGAAUGGAAACAACCCUCGGACAUGAUCAUCUGGGACAACCGGUGCACUCUGCACAAGGCCAACGGUGGCUCGUUCGAGGGCAAAUACAGGCGGGAUCUGCGCAGGACGACGGUGCAUGAUGAUAGCAGUACGGCGUGGGGGUUGAAUGAGGUUGAGGAUGACACGGAGAAGUGGGUUGUAAACCAUGCGGCGACCAAGGCUGCUGGAAUGACUAAAGUGCAAGGUUAG